AUGGAAACUGGCAAACGAUUGAUAUAUGAAAUAGAAACAGUAUUCAAAAUACUUGAAACGUCAUCUCAAGGUUUAACCGACGAUCAAGUUCAUGAGCGUUUGGAAAAGUUUGGGGAAAAUAAAAUUGAACAUAAAGAGCGACAUCCAGUGAUUCAAUUUCUCCUAUUCAUGUGGAACCCACUAUCUUGGGUCAUGGAAAUAGCUGCAAUUGUUGCUAUUGCAUUAAGUAAUGGCGAGGGAGAACCUCCAGAUUGGCCUGAUUUUGUGGGCAUUAUUUUGCUUCUUUUAAUUAAUGCAGCCAUUGGUUACAUUGAAAAAUAUCGGGCCGGUAAUGCAGUGAAGGCAUUGAUGGCAUCGUUAGCACCUGAAUGUCGAGUCAAGCGUAAUAAUAGUUCAUGGGUAACAAUCGAAGCUAGUCAACUAGUGCCUGGUGAUAUUAUUGCUAUUAAAUUAGGUAAUAUUAUUCCGGCUGAUGCACGGAUCAUUUCAUCACCAGGUGGAGUUAUUUCGAUCGAUCAAGCAGCGUUAACUGGUGAAUCGUUGCCAGUGACAAAGGAAGUCGGUGAUAUUCUUCUCUCAUCAACAACCUGUAAGCAAGGCGAAUGUGACGCUGUUGUCAUUUCCACAGGAAUCAAUACUCAGUUCGGCCGCGCUGCUCAAAUGGUUGGCGGCUCAAGAGAUGAAAUGGGUCAUUUACAAAAAAUCCUAGCUAAAAUUGGCAAUUUUUGUAUGGUUGGCAUUAUUAUUUUUAUCAUUGCUGAAAUCUUUGUUAUGUACGCUGGCUUUCGAUACAGUUAUCGACGUGGUAUCAAUAACAUCUUAGUUUUACUCAUUGGGGGAUUACCUAUAGCCAUGCCAACGGUUCUAUCUGUGACUUUGGCCAUUGGUGCUAAACAGUUAUCGGAUCGCAAAGCAAUUGUAACACGGUUUACAGCUAUUGAAGAACUUGCCGCCGUUACGAUUCUCUGUUCGGAUAAGACUGGAACGUUAACGUUGAAUAAAUUGAUCAUUGAUAGGGAGACAAUUAUCAAAUAUACAGAUAUUGAAACCGACGAUAUCAUUCGAUAUGCUGCAUACGCCUGCAAUCGAGAAAAUCCUGAUGCAAUUGACACAUGUGUAUUAGAAUCGUACGAUAAUGUAGACUCAAUCAAUAGUUCGAUUAAUGUUCAGUCAUUUAUUCCAUUCGAUCCAACAACGAAACGAACUGAAGUUACCUAUCAAGAUAAGUCAGAUUCAAAGGUUCAUCGAGUUUCGAAAGGUAUGCCUGAUGCAAUUUUAAAUGUAUGUAAAGCAACUGAACACGCUGACAAAGUGCGAAAGGAUGUCAACGAGUUUGCUAAGCGAGGCCUACGUGGUUUAGCUGUUGCUAUAUCCGAUGGUGAUGAAAAUUUUAAAUUAAUUGGAUUGUUACCAAUUCUUGAUCCGCCAAGGGAAGACACAGCCGAAACAAUCAAACGAGCAGUCGAGCUAGGCGUUCGGGUGAAGAUGAUUACCGGAGAUCAGUUAGAAAUUGCAAAAGAGACAGGUCGACGUUUGGGUAUGGGUGAUACGAUGUAUGUUUAUGAAGAUUUAAUGCGUGAACAUGGCAAAUCGGAAAAUGAUGAAUCAAAAAUGAACGAAAUUAUUUUGGAUGCAGAUGGGUUUGCUAGUGUAUUUCCUGAACAUAAAUUCGAAAUUGUCAAACGACUGCAAGACAUGGGCCAUCUAGUUGCUAUGACUGGUGAUGGCGUCAACGAUGCACCGGCUUUAUCGAGAGCUAAUGUAGGCGUUGCUGUAGCAGAUGCUAGUGAUGCAGCGCGUUCAGCUGCUGCAAUUGUGUUAACUGAGCCAGGUCUAUCAGUUAUCAUCGAUGCCGUACUUGGCUCGCGACAAAUUUUCGCUCGCAUGUCGAGUUAUGCGAUUUACACAUGUUCUGUUACAAUCCGUGUCAUUGUCGCAUUUGCUCUAUUGAUAUUCAUAUUCCGUUACGAUUUUCCGCCAUUUAUGAUCUUGAUUAUGGCUAUACUGAACGAUGGUACAAUUAUGACGAUAUCCAAGGAUCGUGUCGAACCCUCAUUACAACCGAACAAAUGGCGUUUGAAGCGAAUUUUCAUCUCAGCUAUUGUUUAUGGUCUUUACUUAUCGGCAUCGACUGUCGUUUUCUUUGCAAUUGUUGUUAAAACCAAUUUUUUUCAAGAUCAUUUCGGCGUUAACACAUUCGAAACGACAACUGAUGGUGGCUACAAGCACGGGCGUCUCCAUGCAAUGAUUUAUUUACAGGUAUCAUCAAUUAGUCAAGGUUUAAUUUUCGUAACACGCGCUCGAGGUUUCUGCUUUACCGAGCGCCCCACCAUACUUUUAAUUGCUGCAUUUGUUAUCACACAAUUAUGCGCAACAUUAAUUGCCGUCUAUGCUGAGUGGGGUUUUACAGAUAUACGUGGUUGUGGAUGGGCUUGGGCAGCAAUUAUUUGGAUAUACAAUCUAAUUUGGUAUAUACCAUUGGAUUAUAUCAAAUUCGCCCUUCAAGCAGUUCUCGAACGUAGUUUACAUGCAGUUAGUCCAUUCGAACAUCUACAUCGUCGUUUGAUUGCAUCGCAAAGUACUGUGACGCCAUAUGACGGUCUUCAACGAAAGAUCAGUGACCGUCGAGAGCAGAGACGUCAAUCACAAACCGAAGUAUCACUCACUGAAGAUUCAAAUGUAUGCUUGCCAGCAAAAUUUGACCACGUAACGGAAACCGGAUCGUCAUUCUAUUCACCUUACACAGAAACACUAUCGGUUCUAAAGACACUAAAUCCGUUAUUGAGUCCCUCACCUAAAACUUAA